GGGGGCCGAACUGCGUAGAAGAGGGUGGCGGGGAGGAGAACGCUAAGUGGGAAGCGGAACCUUGGGCCUGGGACCCGUCGCGGCAGAGCCAGGCUAGUGAACCAGAGCAAAGACUUCCGACCCACUCUGCGCUGUAGCGGCACCCUUUUGGGAUUUGAUUUGCAGCAUCUUUGAGCUGGUACACCCCCCCCCCACACACACACACACCCGCGAAGAACGCCUAGCCCUCCCCUGGCACCCCAAGACAAACCCACUCCCUCUUAGGGACACAGCUGGGCGCGUCCACACCCCCGCAUCCCCUACACCAUGUUGUGCGGAAGGACUUCCACUCCCAGCCUGUGUCGUUGAUGUCAGACCCCAGGCCAGCCUCCGGGCGCUGCAGUUCUCCUGGUUAAUGCUGCGGUUGUGGUUAGGGCUUUAGUACUUAAGCCAGCCGCCGCCGCCCCCCGCUCCCCCACCCCAGGCCUCAGCGCCCACAGUCUGCAUGUGUGUGCGGUAGCCGGCUGCCCAUCCUGCCGCUCGUGUUCUCCUGGAGCUCUGGAUACCACCGCGGGGCAUUUCUCUGCCUGUUGGAGAAGUGGCCUUGGAGAAAUUGAUAUCAGUGGUUGGAUUUUUCCCGUGGAUCUAUCAAUUCGCAAUUCGGAUUUGGAAGAAAGAAGGAAAACAUGACGUCUCCAGCCAAAUUCAAAAAGGAUAAGGAGAUCAUUGCAGAGUACGAUACUCAGGUUAAAGAGAUCAGGGCUCAGCUCACAGAGCAGAUGAAAUGCCUAGAUCAGCAGUGUGAGCUCCGGGUGCAGCUGUUGCAGGACCUGCAGGACUUCUUCCGCAAGAAGGCUGAGAUUGAAAUGGACUACUCUCGAAACCUGGAGAAGCUAGCCGAGCGCUUUCUAGCCAAGACACGAAGCACCAAGGAUCAGCAAUUUAAAAAGGACCAGAAUGUUCUCUCUCCAGUCAACUGCUGGAACCUCCUCUUAAACCAAGUGAAGCGGGAGAGCAGGGAUCAUACCACCCUGAGUGACAUCUACCUGAAUAAUAUAAUUCCUCGAUUUGUUCAAGUCAGCGAGGACUCAGGAAGACUCUUUAAAAAGAGUAAAGAAGUUGGCCAGCAGCUCCAAGAUGAUUUGAUGAAGGUCCUGAACGAGCUUUACUCGGUCAUGAAGACAUAUCACAUGUACAAUGCUGACAGCAUCAGUGCGCAGAGCAAACUGAAGGAAGCAGAGAAGCAAGAAGAGAAGCAAAUUGGCAAAUCAGUAAAGCAAGAGGACCGGCAGACCCCUCGCUCCCCUGACUCCACAGCCAAUGUCCGCAUUGAGGAGAAACAUGUCCGGAGGAGCUCAGUGAAGAAGAUUGAGAAGAUGAAGGAGAAGCGACAAGCCAAGUACACAGAGAAUAAGCUGAAGGCCAUUAAAGCCCGGAAUGAGUAUUUAUUGGCUUUGGAGGCAACCAAUGCAUCUGUCUUCAAGUACUAUAUCCAUGACCUGUCUGAUAUUAUCGAUCAGUGUUGUGACCUAGGCUACCAUGCUAGCCUGAACCGGGCUCUACGCACUUUCCUAUCUGCUGAAUUAAAUCUGGAACAAUCAAAACAUGAAGGUCUGGAUGCUAUUGAAAAUGCAGUAGAAAACCUAGAUGCCAUCAGUGACAAGCAACGGCUCAUGGAGAUGUACAACAAUGUUUUCUGCCCCCCUAUGAAAUUUGAAUUCCAGCCCCACAUGGGAGAUAUGGCCUCUCAACUCUGUGCCCAGCAGCCUGUCCAGAGUGAGCUGGUGCAGAGAUGCCAGCAGCUGCAGUCUCGCUUAUCCACUUUGAAGAUUGAGAAUGAAGAGGUGAAAAAGACAAUGGAGGCCACCCUGCAGACCAUUCAAGACAUUGUGACUGUUGAGGAUUUUGAUGUAUCUGACUGCUUCCAGUAUAGCAAUUCCAUGGAGUCUGUCAAAUCAACUGUCUCUGAAACAUUCAUGAGCAAGCCCAGCAUUGCUAAGAGGAGAGCUAAUCAGCAAGAGACGGAACAGUUUUAUUUCACGAAAAUGAAGGAGUACUUGGAGGGUAGGAACCUCAUCACUAAGUUACAAGCCAAGCAUGACCUCCUGCAGAAAACCCUGGGAGAAAGUCAGCGGACAGAUUGUAGUCUUGCCAGGCGAAGCUCAACCGUGAGGAAACAGGAUUCCAGCCAAGCAAUUCCUCUGGUGGUAGAAAGCUGCAUCCGGUUUAUUAGCAGACAUGGCCUACAACAUGAGGGAAUUUUCCGGGUGUCUGGAUCACAAGUAGAAGUGAAUGACAUAAAAAACGCCUUUGAGAGAGGAGAGGAUCCCCUGGCUGGGGACCAGAAUGACCAUGACAUGGACUCUAUAGCUGGUGUCCUCAAGCUUUACUUCCGGGGCCUGGAACACCCGCUCUUCCCUAAAGACAUCUUCCAUGACUUGAUUGCCUGUGUCACAAUGGACAACCUGCAAGAGAGAGCUGUGCAUAUCCGGAAAGUCCUUCUGGUCCUGCCCAAGCCCACUCUGAUUAUCAUGAGAUACCUCUUUGCCUUCCUCAAUCACUUAUCACAGUUCAGUGAAGAGAACAUGAUGGACCCCUACAACCUUGCCAUCUGCUUCGGGCCCUCACUGAUGUCAGUGCCAGAGGGCCACGACCAGGUGUCCUGUCAAGCCCACGUGAAUGAGCUGAUCAAAACCAUCAUCAUCCAACAUGAGAACAUUUUCCCAAACCCCAGGGAGCUGGAGGGUCCCAUCUACAGCAGAGGAGGAAGCAUGGAGGAUUACUGUGACAGCACUCAUGGAGAGACUACCUCUGCUGAAGACUCCACCCAGGACGUUACAGCGGAGCACCACACAAGUGAUGAUGAAUGUGAGCCCAUAGAAGCCAUUGCCAAGUUUGACUACGUAGGCCGGACAGCCCGAGAACUAUCUUUCAAGAAGGGAGCAUCCCUGCUGCUCUACCAGCGAGCUUCUGAUGACUGGUGGGAGGGCCGGCACAAUGGUAUAGAUGGACUCAUCCCCCAUCAGUACAUCGUAGUCCAAGACACCGAGGACGGUGUCGUGGAGAGGUCCAGCCCCAAGUCUGAGAUUGAGGUCAUGUCUGAGCCACCUGAAGAAAAGGUGACAGCCAGAACGGGGGCCAGCUGUCCCAGUGGGGGUCAUGUAGCUGAUAUUUAUCUUGCAAACAUCAACAAGCAAAGGAAGCGUCCAGAAUCUGGGAGCAUCAGAAAAGCAUUUCGGAGUGACAGCCAUGGGCUGGGCAGUUCUCUGACUGACUCCUCCUCCCUGGGGGUGGGGGCUAGCUGCCGUCCAUCCUCCCAGCCCAUCAUGAGCCAGAAUCUCCCCAAGGAAGGGCCAGAUAAGUGUUCCAUCAGCGGCCAUGGCAGCCUCAACUCUAUCAGUCGCCACUCGUCCUUGAAGAGCCGGAUGGACAGUCCACAGAUCCGGAAGACUGCCACGGCAGGAAGGUCAAAAAGUUUCAAUAACCAUCGGCCCAUGGACCCUGAAGUCAUUGCACAGGAUAUUGAAGCAACAAUGAACUCUGCCCUGAAUGAGCUUCAAGAGCUAGAGCGGCAGAGCAGUGCUAAGCACACACCUGAUGUGGUUCUGGACACCUUGGAACCACUCAAGACCUCCCCAGUGGUAGCCCCCACAUCUGAGCCCUCCAGCCCUCUGCACACCCAGCUCCUCAAGGACCCUGAGCCUGCCUUCCAGCGCAGCGCCAGUACUGCUGGGGACAUUGCCUGCGCCUUCCGGCCUGUCAAGUCUGUCAAGAUGGCUGCUCCAGUCAAACCACCAGCCACACGGCCCAAGCCAACUGUCUUCCCCAAAACAAAUGCCACUAGCCCUGGUGUCAAUUCAUCUGCUUCCCCACAGUCCACUGACAAGUCUUGUACUGUCUAAGGGCUAUAUUCUAGACAAGGAGACUGGCCGUUUCUAAAAUCUUCCUAUUUAACUAGCUUGGGGACUCAGUUCAAAAUUACGUUCUAAGUUGUUCUUACAGGAAUUAGCCUUCCCAUUACCCAGACCUUGAGAAUGAAGCCCUUGUUACUGCUUUUCCCUUUCUGGUCCUUCCUCCACUCUUUGCUUCCCUCUAUUGUUGGAAUCCAACCAGCUCCAGUACAUACUAUUCUUAAGUUAGCCAGUGACAGGUUGUCCAUUAUCGGGUUGCUGUGAUACCUGCCAAGGCAAGACAUGGGGACAUGAGCCUAAGUCUGUCCCUUCAGACCGUAGAAGACACCUUGACCAGAUGUUUGGCUGCAGCUCUCAGUGACAUCUUGUUUUUCAGUACUGAUUUAAAAAAUCACAUAUAGCCCAGUUUUCAUUUUAUAUAUAAAUAUAUAUAUUUGUGUGUAUGUCCGUGCACAUGCACACCCAUAUACACACACAGGUUUUUCUGGUCUCUGAUGUAGCCUCUCCUGGUCAUAGACCACUCUUUGUUGUGGUGGCAGUUCACACAGAAGCUACCAGUAGUCUCUGUUCUCAUCACAAACUUUGUUCUGUUUGGAACAGAGAAACCUGGCCUUUGAGAUCACUCUGUUAUAAACGUUUAGCAGAGUGACCUGCCAUGCAGGUGGGAUUCUGUCUUCUUCCUCUUGCUGUGAGGGAGCCACUGGUUGUUUGCAUUUGCUCUGCUCCAUUCUGUAGAAGUGCAUCCUCGUCUUAUCUCGGAGCUUUGGAAGUUUUUCUGAACAUAGAAACUUUUCUUCCAUUCAUUCCUGUCUUUGUCUCUGACACACCAUUUUCCAUGUAAGAUGUUUUCCAAAAUAAGACAGUUCUAUAGCUAGUUCCUUUUAGUGUAAAAAGUCUUAAAGUUUUAUUGUGUUUAUGGCAGAUUUACAAAGGGUAGGAAAUGAGUCCUUUCUCCCGCCAUUUUUGGCAUCUAACACUUUUAAAAUGUGCCAUUCCAUUAAAAAAAAUUAAGUUGCUCUCUGCUAAUCCAAAAAUUGGGCCCAGAUUAAAACUAUUUCAAGUUCACCUCUUGGCUUAGUUUUUUAUAAAGCUUUCUUGGGAUGAACAGGGGCUUGAAAAUCCCUUGAUAAAUUCUAGAAGUCCUGCCUCUGGAAAUUGUUUUUUGUUUAUCCAAACAAGGAUGACUAAGGGAACUUUGACCUCCACCAACUCAAAACUGUUUUCCCAAAACCAGAAUCUUAAAAAAGGGAAAAAUUAAAUGUUUCACAUUGGGUCCUGCCUUUGGCCUUUUUCAGAUGUGCUACCGUUGGAUGCUCUCCCAGCCUACAAGCCUGGUGCUUGAAACACCAGCUCCUUUUACAUCGUGCUUCCCCAGGAACACCCGAGCUAGGAAAUCACACCAUGGGAUCAUGUCUUUCAACAGCUCCCUGCAGCUCAGGCUUAUUCGUCUCUAUUUGAAUGCUAUGCUUUUAUUUUAUCUGUAUUGUUUUCUAUAGUUCAAGAGAGAUGGGUUUACCAUUCGGGUUGGA